AAUUCCCAUCCUAUUUGUUGUUGGCCAUCUUAUACCCACAAUUCAGCAGCCUCCGCUACAGGUGUAGCUGGUCCCGACAGUCGAUCUUGGAGAUUGUAGCCCCGCAUGUUAUUCGAUGGAUUUUUCAAUGUGGAAAGAUGAUUGAGAUAAAUAGGACGCACCUGCUACCGACAAUCGAGCUAGAUUCAGCACGGUGUUUCUCGAAUCUCGUCUUAUUUCCGCAGGCUACUUGCUCUUAUCAAAUAUUCUCCUCCCUAUUACAGUCUCCUCAACACGACAAAAUAAAAGUUAAAUAGAAUGUCUUACGACGAACACGACGAAGAAUGGCAGAUUGAAGCGCAAACGGUAUUCAAGGAUGUCGAGACCUACCAUUGGGGCUACCGGAUCGCGUGCCUCAACUGCCCGAAAGCAUCGGCCUAUUCGGGCCCGCUAAACGGGAUUCGGUUUUGGUUCGAGAAGGAACGCUACUAUGUGGUGGUGGGCUGCCCGCCCAUUAUCAGUACUAAGAUGGCCGCUGACGGGCGGUGGGCAAAGAACAUCUCUAAGAAAUGGGACCAGUGGUGGCAGGAUACCCAGACACCGCGCAACGCAAAGGACAUCUGGGGCUUUACCGAGGACGACAAGAACCUUUAUCACGUGAAGGGGUGGGGGAAGGAAGUCCUUGAAGGGUUGGACGAUCUCCAGAGGCGGUUGGAGAUUGUCCUGCCAGAGGGCUAUGAGUUCUACGGAGGGAGCCUGGUCAUGCGCAUCAAGGAAGGGUUGCGGGCGUUGGAUCCCAGCUGGGAGCAGACGGAGAAGGAGUAUGAUGCCGAGUACGAGCGCGCCCAUGCCAAGGAUGUCGUGCAGUCAGGCCCAGGAGUUCGCUUUCAUCGGGACGGGACCACUACCACUGAUAAUGGUUGGGGAUUCUAUUCUUAAAUACAUCAUACAUCCGUCGUUUUUUAAAGGUUUUGGACUUUUCUGCCAUACUUAUCUGGUUCCUCAACCUGAACAGAAGCUUACUCAACUUGUGCUUCUUGGAUCAUCCGUAUUGUUUCAGGGAGCGGCGUGUGGCUGGAUGGGCCUUGUAUAGGCCUCGGAAAAGACCGCACCAGACCGCACUGCACCGGUCUUUGGUUCUAAGUCUAAGGACCGCCGGGCG